AAACUGGGCAAUGCAAAUUUGGCACAACACAAAUUCCAUCAUCCUUAUCCUGCUGAGGUAUCAGAGCGAGCAAUUGCACGUCCAUUUUAUCCGACCGGGGCAUCUCUUCUUGCUCCUCCUGAAGAAUAUAACAGUACAUCAACUAGCUCUAUAGUAGCAAGGCCUCUGCUCUUACCUGGUCCUUAUGUACCUCGUACUUAUGGUCCGGUUCUGCUUCAGCCAGGAGUUGUGCUCAUUCAGAAUUGGAGCACAUACUCGGGACAAGCAAGUCCUGCACUAUCUCCUGGUUCUCAACCCUCUGCCUUUGCAGCGACAUUGGAGGAAAAACAUUUUCCAGAAAGGCCAGGAGAACCAGUAUGUCAAUAUUACAUGAAAACCGGGGAUUGUAAAUUCGGAUCAUCCUGUAGGUAUCACCUGCUGACUCGGUUGCAUCAAAGAAAAACUCUAAAGAGAUACUUGCCUAUUCAUGCUCUGUGCCAUAUGGUGGAACUGGUCCUUAAUUAUGUGACUUAUUGGGCUGCUGGGUUGCAGCCUUGUUCCUUUUAUAUGCAAAGAGGAUUCUGCAAAUUCAGUGGCAUUUGUAAAUUCGAUCAUCCUAUGGAAACACUAGUACGAUAUAGUCCAUCAACUUCUUCUCUUCCUGAUACACCGAAUGCUCCCAACAAUAUGGAGUCUGGUCCUUCUUCAAUCGCAAAUAUGCAGAUGUCAUGUGGGGGUAGUUAGCCAGCGAAGUUAAUGUAAACAGCAAGCAUUAUUUAUGUUUUCCUGGUAAUUUCUGUAUAUAUUAUCAAUACAUAGCUUAAUGUUUUCUUCUUUAAAUUAAAGUAUCUCCUCAUUGUCCCAUUUUAUCAAUGGCAU